AUGUGUGAACCAUUUCUGGGAACGUGGAAGCCACUUCCUAGUGAGAACAUUGAUGAUUACCUGAAAGAACUUGGUGUGGGCUUUGCUACUAGGAAGGUGGCUGGCGUUGCCAAGCCCAAUGUCAUUAUCAGUUGCAAUGGGGAUAUUAUAACCCUCAGAACAGAGAGCACUUUCAAGAACACGGAGAUUAGCUUCAAGCUGGGAGAAGAGUUUGAUGAGACCACAGCAGAUGAUAGGAAAGUAAAGAAUCUUGUGACUAGAGAUGGGCACGAUCCGCAUCAUGAAUACAAUGGAGUUCUCAGUCAGCUUCAGAAAUGGGAUGGGAAACAGACCACAAUAAAAAGAAAGAUUGCUGGUGGAAAGUUGAUUGUGGAGUGUGCUAUGAACAAUGUUGUCUCUGCCAGAGUCUAUGAAAAAGCACGAGGACUCUUGCCACCUGACAAAUAG